GGGAGGGGGAGACCCUUUCUAGUGGCCAGGAAAUGACUCCCUCCCUCCCAGGGGUUGGCUGGGAUCCCCCUUUCUGAUCCAGCUCUGGGCAGCAUUUUGUGGGGGCCUUGGUGGAUCUUUUAGCCCUCUCAGGUUUUGGAAGCUGGCCCCAGCAGAAUGAACCCACCCCUUUAUUAUUAUUAUUAUAUUAUUAUUAUUAUUAUUAACCUUUAUUUAUGAAGCGCUGUAAAUUUACACAGCGCUGUACAUGCAAUCUUUUUAGUUAGACGGUUCCCUGCCCUCGGGCUUACAAUCUAAAAAGACAUGACACAGAAGGAGAAGGAGAAGACAUGACACAGAAGGAGUCCCAUGGAGGGGUGUUCUUUGCCCCCGUGGCUAAAGUGUGCAACACACACGCUCCUGAUACCCAGCCGCUCCUUGCCCCUGCAGCCAUUAUCGGUUCAGCUGAAUUGCCCAUUGGCACGGGCAAAGGUGGCAUUUAUGAGGCUCAGGAGAGUGAUGGUGUCACUUUGAUGGGUGGGAAAGGGCCCCCUCCCCCUCUGUGGCUUCCUCUCCCGCGUCACAUGCACACCCUCCCCGCCAGGCUUUGCCCAUAAAUUGGCUCUGGCUCCACGGAAGCGCAGUCCCUUCCGUCGCUGCUGCCGCACCAUGUGCACAGGGGCCUGCUCCAGGGUGGUGGGGGCCGCGCUGUGGCCUUUUGCCCUGCUGGCCAUUGUGGCCAAUGUGCUCCUGGCCUUCCCGGACUGGAAGACUGAGUACGUCCAUGACUUUGGCCAGCACCUGACUCCUGAGGUCCUCUACCUGGGGGGCCUGGUUGGAGGGGGUGUCAUGGUGCUGAUCCCAGCCAUCCACAUCCAGGCCACCGGGAGCCAUGGAUGUUGUGGAAACCGCUGUGGGAUGUUUCUCUCAGUGCUUUUGGCUGCUGUGGGGGCUGUGGGGGCCACUUACGCCAUCGUUGUCUCCAUGCUGGGCCUGGCCCAUGGCCCCCCGUGCCAGUAUCUGCAAAAUGGGACCCACUUGGAUUGGGGCCGCCCCUUUGAGCACAGCGAGGAGCCUUUGAGGGGUCAGUUUGGGAAGCCUGAGCGGGUGGCUUCUGUGGCCCUCAGAGCCACGCUUCAGGGCUCCACAGCAGGGCAGCAAGACCUUUCCCUCAUUGGAGGGGGAUGGCCUGGGGGUCCCAAGAUGGGGGGCUCCUCUCCCCUUGCAAACACACUCCUUUGCCAGACAGCUAUGCCAGCUCAGUGGAUGCUGAGGGCAAGGGGGGCAGAGCAGAUGAGUGCCAGAUGGCCCCUCGUGGUCCCAUCCUGCCCCCCAACCGUUUUCUCUCUCCUCUGUGCCAGCAAGGACAGCUACCUCUUCAAUGCGGAAAUGUGGGACAUCUGCAAGGACCCCCCAAGGGUCAUCUUGUUCAACGUGGUCCUCUUCUCUCUCAUCCUGGGCGCUGGGCUGGCGGAGCUGGGCCUCUGCCUUGUCCAAAUCUUCAAUGGCCUCUUUGGCUGUGUCUGUGGGACCUGCCGCGAGGAGAAGACCCUGGAAACCUACAACUAAGACUUGUGAAAGACUACUUCCUCCUCUGAUACCUGCCGCUCUUGCAGGAGAUCCCUCUGCCCUUUGCAGCUGGGAGGACCCCUACUCUCCAUGGGCUCCUAUGCCUGACCCCCAUUGCCACUGCUCCCUUCCAGCUGCAUAUCAGCAUGGAAGCCCUGCUGGCAAUAAAAUAUCUCCCCAACCCUGAGUGUGGCUUCUUUUUCCUUCUCUGAGUGCUCUUGGCCAUGAUUCAUGCUUCCGCCACGCCUGAUGAUAAGAGACCCAAACUGAGCAACUGUUGGCAAGGGCUGCCUGGACUGCAGAGAUCUUUUUGGCUCCUUCAGCCCUGGCAGGACUGGACGACACCAGCGGGAUGGAAGUGAGGAGGCCUCUCCUCCUUGGUGGGUUGGAGGUGGAUUGGGGCCGGGGUGGUGUGCUAGGGGUAG